AUGCCUGAUUUAUCCCAGUACCAGACCGUCUUCCGGAUCGCAAAACCAAACUCUUCUAAACGAUCCAGCCAAGCAGGUAAACGCAAGCAUCAAGCAAAUGGCUUCCAGGGAAAUUCUUCUGGCAUCUCUGCUCCCGACCACAACGGUAGCCUCAGCAAUGAAGACAACAUCUCCAGGGCUCAGUCUCGGCUGCAGAAACUCGAAGAAAUGGUGACUAUGUUGAUGCAGGCAAAUCAAGGACUGGCUGUGCAAGAUAGUCGGGCGACGCCUCCGUCUUCCGACGACAGCCUGCGCAGUGGGCCGACAAGCGCAAAUCCCGUCACGGCUCUAGGACCAUCAACGGCCGAUUCGUCCUCGCUGGCGUUAGAUCCGCCUCCCAAUGGCCAUCUCGACAUCAGAGGUACGGAGACUAAAUACCUUGGGGCUACUCAUUGGGCUGCAAUUUUAGAAAACAUCAAAGAUAUUCAGGGUUGUCUGGCACCGGAGCCAGAUGGGACAGAGAAUGGAGACUUCUUAAAUUACAGGGAUGACCCUGAUAUCCUCCUCUCUAAUUCGCAGCUUCUGACCUUGGCUGAGGUUUGCAAUUCGUUGCCUCCCAGGCCUGUGGUGGACAAACUGCUUUCAGUUCAGUUUAAUGCACGAUAUCUGCACAUAUCAUUCAUCCACAAACGAAAAUUCUUACGAGAGUACGAGUCAUUCUGGAAAAAUCCCGCCUCAGUCUCUUUUCUUUGGAUUUCGAUGCUCUUUUCGUCCCUCCACCUUGGCGCUCGAAUCUCACGGCCCGAAGAGCAAGAUUAUUUUCCGUCACUUAAAGAAGCUUCGGAUCUGUUCUUGAUGAAUGCAGGUCGAGCUUUGGUAGCUGGGCAUUAUCAAAAGGCGCGACCCUACAGUGUCGAAGCUGUGAUGCUCUACGCUAUCUCCAGGUUCUUCCAACAGCAUGAGUCCGAGACUGAGCCAUGGCUGUUGAUGGGCGUGGCUGCUCGUCUCGCUUUGAGGAUGGGAUAUCAUCGAGACCCGAGUCAUUUCUCUCACAUUUCCCCGUUUGAAGGGGAAAUGCGUCGGAGGACAUUCUCCACGGUCCAGACCUUUGAACUCCUUCUCUCCUUCCAGGCAGGACUCCCAGCCAUCAUCCAUGAAGAAGUCUGUGAUACUGCACCUCCCAGCAACCUGUUCGAUGAAGACUUUGACGAAGCCUCCACGGCAAUUCCGCCGUCGCGACCGCUCACGGAUCCAACGCCGAUGCUUUACUACUGUUAUAAGGGCCACCUCGCGCAGGUUUUCAGAAAAGUGGCGCGGCAAGCCUUGUCACCACGAGUUCCAGCCUAUGCAGAUGUCUUGAGCCUAGAUGGCGAGCUCCUCAAAGUUCGCGCUGAGAUACCGCCGAGCCUUGAAUGGAAGUCUCUCAGCUCUUCUGUCACAGACGAGAUUCAUAUAAUCAUGCACCGUCUCAGCCUUGAGCUAGUCUAUCAGAAGGCCAUGAUGAUCCUUCAUAGGAGGUAUCUGAGUCAUGAUCGGUUGAACCCUGCCUUUGAAUACUCGCGGAAUGCCUGCACCACUGCGAGCCUUCAAGUGUUGCAAUACCAAGCGGAGGUUUACCAAGCAGCCCAGCCCGGAGGUCAAUUGCACCACGAUCAAUGGACGUCGUCUAAUCUGGCGAAUCACGACUUCCUUCUUGCAGCCAUGAUCACCUGUCUUGACUUAUACGAAUCCCAUCGGCACAGUAGUACAAAACUCUUGUCAGCCUUGGACUUGGACGCUCAAAGGAUGAAGUAUGACGCGCUGAAAAUCUCACAUGACAUUUGGCAAUCGCGAAAUUCAAUCUCAUCAGAUGCGAGGAGAGCAUCAAACAUUCUUGCAACCAUGCUCUCAAAGGUACCUAGGCCAGGCUUCCAGAAGAAGGAAGAAUCGAACGGAACUCACAUUGCAAGCACCGACAUAUCUCAGCCGUUGUCGGAGGUAAGCUUGGAUGGAGGAAGUACUGCAAACGUCAGCAGGGAUGGAUCAGUAGGUGAACCCUUGCCAUUGAAUGAGUCCGCGAUCCCCAUAUCAAACAAUGGGCAUUCGACGACCCAGGAUCAGGCAUCUCAGGAACUUCUGGAUGCGAUUUUUGCCGAUUCAGACGUGGUCGACUGGAGCAUCCUCGACCAGUAUAUCCAGGAAGGCGCAACACCGAUGAGGUCGUUCGACUUUUGA